AUGACUUCCCAACAACUUGCAGAUGUCACUUGGGACAAGAAUGCACCUCCCGCAACGAUGAGCAGACGCGAACUAGAAGGCAUCAACACCGCCAUGCUGACUCUGACGUCUUUGAUCUUCGUCGCGCGCAUUGCCAUUCGAUUAUUCAAGCGGAGAACAUUCGAGCUGCAAGACUUCUUUUGCUGUCUGUCUUAUGUUUUCUAUGUCGCAAUGCUCGUCAUGUUCUUCAAAGAGAACGACCCGCUUUAUCGAGCCGAGCGUGUUCAGAGAGGCGAGGCGCCGUUGCAUCCAGGGCUUCCCCUAUACCGGCUUCUGUUGAACAAAGCCUCGCCAAAGUAUAACAUCAUGUGGUGGACGAUCUUGGCCUUUUGUGUUUCGUCUUAUGUGGGAAGUGCUAUGACAACCAUCUUCGUCUGCGACGACCAAAAGGCGAAGUACAACUACGGUAUGUGCGCGAAACCGAAUGAGCAGAAACGCGCACAGUUCAGCCUAUGGUUCGCGUACGCAGUAGAUGUAGCUGGUGAUCUCGCAGGUCCGUAUGCCAAUUUUAUCGACUAA